AGGCUUACAAGGUCAACAGAGGACUUUAAAGCCUUUAUCUCUAGUAGCUUAAGGGCUGACAUCUGCUUUUUACCUGCCCUUACCAAUACCACCUAACCAUAUUCCUCUAUACCUAGACCAUCCAAGUAUUUCCACUGAUCCAGGAAGAGGACUGAGGGAGAAGCCACAGGGAGUCAUGAGCUGCGAAUUUCUUGAGGAUACAGAUGAGCCCUUGUCCUCACCUUUGGUUCCAAGGCCUGGUGCAGCCUCUCAGUGUUUGGAGAACAAAUGAGGGAGGCCAGGAGAGAUGAGAAACAGCUUUGAGUCCAGAUCACUGAACCAGAGAUUUCUAUGCUGCUGCUUCAGAGCUGUGGGGAAGGUGGAACUUGAAGGGCAUUGGUUUGGGGCUUUUUUUGAUGGCUGGAGGAGACUGGACCCCUGAGCUGCACUUCCUGGCUGCUAUUCCCUGGGCCGCUGUCAGCAUCAUCUAGAACAGUGGUCCCCAACAUUUUUGGAACCAGGGACCGGUGUUCCUAUGAGAUUCUAAUGUCUGAUGAUCUGAGGUGGAGCUGAAGUGGUGAUACUAGUGCUGGGGAGCAGCUGCAAAUAUAGAUGAAGCUUUUCUCGCUUACCUGAUGCUUACCUCCUACUGUGCGGCCUGGUUCCUAACAGGCCAUGGACCAGUACCUGUCUACGGCCCAGGGGUGGGGACCCCUAGUCUAGAAGGUUUCUUGGAAACAUGAAUACCUGGAUUCUACCCACCCUCACUAAAUCAAAUCAUCUGGGGUGUGAGGCUCACAUAUCUAUUUUCCAUUAACAGCCUAGUGAUAAUCGGGCUGCGAUUGGGUAGCAGAAUGCCAGUUCCUCGUCCUCUUGGUGAGAGACUGAAAUGUCUCCUCCCUGAGGAAAUUGGGCUCCAGUCGCUUCCUGGAGUAUGUCAAACCCCACCUCCAGCCUCUAGGGCACACACGCCCUGAGUCUUCUGCAAGCAUCUAGCUCCACCCUCCCCACCCCAGUGCUACCUGUCAGACCUGAGUUAGCAGUCAGUGUACCCAGAAGACAGUGGGAGGCUCUGGAUAGCAGGCAGGGUUUCCUGCUGGGACGUGGGCUGUCCGGCCAUGCUCUGGGCGUUUUGGCCUAGGUGGCUGGCAGGCAAGGGGCUGCCCCUCCUGGGGGUAAUGCUGCUGCGGAAGAGAGAGAAGAGGGGAUCUCAGUGGAGUCACUGGCAGCGGGAAACCCACCCAUACUAUGACCUCCAGGUGAAGGUGCUGAGGGCCAGAAAUAUCCAGGGCACAGACCUGCUGUCCAAAGCUGACUGCUAUGUGCAACUGUGGCUGCCCACGGCAUCCCCCAGCCGUGCCCAGACAAAGAUGGUGGCCAACUGCAGUGACCCUGAGUGGAACGAGACCUUCCACUACCAGAUACAUGCCUCUGUGAAGAAUGUCCUGGAGCUCACCCUCUGUGACAAGGACAUCCUGGGCAGCGAUGAGCUCUCCCUGCUGCUGUUUGACCUGAAGAGUCUCAAGCCUGGCCAACCCCACAGACAUAUCUUCCCACUUAACCGACAGGAUUCACAAGAGCUGCAGGUGGAGUUUGUUCUGGAGAACAGCCAGGUACCUGCAUCUGAAGUCAUCACCAAUGGUGUCCUGGUGGCUCAUCCCUGUCUGAGAAUCCAGGGCAUGCUUGGGGGAGAUGCAACAGCCCCACAUCAAGAGUAUGGCUCUAGGCAGAUUCGGUUGGCAGUGCCGGGGGCCUACGAGAAGCCACAGCUCUUGCCCCUGCAGCCUCCCUUAGAAGCAGACUCCCCAGCCACUUUUACCUUCCAUGUGAAUCCAGUGCUGCACUCCAAACUGGAUGUGGAGCUGGGGGAGAAGCUCAUGGUCCUGCAGAGUGACCCAAGUGCUGAGUUGGAGGCCCAGAGCAGCAAGCUGGGAGAGGGGGGCAUCCUGCUCUCUUCUCUGGCCCUAGGCCAGGAGGAGCAGCGCUUGGUGGCCCUGGGGGAGGGCCAGGAGGUAACUCUGAAUGUGAAGGCAGAAAUGAGCUCUGGAGACCUUGACCUGCGCCUUGGCUUUGACCUCUGUGAUGGAGAACGGAAGUUUCUGGACAAGAGGAAGCAGAUCGUGUCUAAAGCUUUGCAGCAGGUGCUGGGACUGAGCCAGGCUCCUGACAGUGGCCAGGUACCUGUGGUGGCUGUGCUGGGUUCGGGAGGUGGAACCCGUGCCAUGUCUUCCCUGUAUGGCAGCCUGGCAGGGCUGCAGGAGCUUGGCCUCUUGGACACUGUGACCUACUUGAAAGGGGUCUCUGGGUCCACCUGGUGCAUCUCCACACUCUACAAGGACCCAGCCUGGUCCCAGGUGGCUUUGCAGGGCCCCACUGAGCGUGCCCGGGCUCGGGUCUGCAGCAGUAAGAUGGGGGCAGUAUCCACGGAGCGUCUACAAUACUAUGCCCAGGAACUGGGGAACCUGGAAAGCAGCGGUCACAGCGUUUCCCUCAUCGACCUCUGGGGCCUCCUCAUUGAAUAUUUCCUGUACCAGGAGGAAAACCCUGCCAAACUGUCUGACCAGCAGGAGGCAAUCAGCCAGGGCCAGAACCCUUAUCCCAUCUACGCCAGCAUCAACGUCCGUACCAACAUCAGUGGGGAAGACUUUGCAGAGUGGUGCGAGUUCACCCCCCAUGAGAUCGGCUUUCCCAAGUAUGGGGCUUAUAUUCCCACCAAGCUCUUUGGCUCUGAGUUCUUCAUGGGGCGACUGCUGAAGCUCUGGCCAGAGCCCCGGAUCUGCUACUUGCAGGGCAUGUGGGGCAGUGCCUUUGCAGCCAGCCUGGAUGAGAUUUUCAUGAAGACUGCCGGGUUCAGCCUCAGCUUCCUAGACUGGUACCGAGGCCAUGUAAACAUCACAGAUGACUGCCAGAAGCUCCAGUUGCAUGACCCCACCAGGCUGCGGACAAAGCUCUUCACUCGGCAGGGGCCCUUCUCCCAGGCUGUGCUGGACGUAUUCACAUCCCGCUUUACCGCCGCGGAGAACUUCAACUUCACCCAGGGCCUCUGCCUGCACAAGGACUAUGUGGCUGGCAGGGAGUUCAUGGCCUGGAAAGACACACACCCGGACGCCUUCCCCAAUGAGCUCACUCCCAUGAGGGACUGCCUGUACCUGGUGGAUGGGGGCUUUGCGCUCAACUCCCCAUUCCCAUUGAGCCUGCUGCCGCAGAGAGCGGUGGACCUCAUUGUGUCCUUUGACUACUCCCUGGAUGCCCCUUUUGAGGUCUUACAGAUGACAGAGAAGUACUGCCGGGACCGAGGCAUCCCCUUUCCCAGGGUCGAGGUGCUCCCUGAGGACCUGGAGGAACCCCGUGAGUGCUACCUGUUUGAUAGGGCUGAGGACCCUCGCUCACCCAUCGUGCUGCACUUCCCCCUCGUCAACCGUACCUUCCGCACACACCUGGCCCCAGGUGUGGAGCGACAAACGGCUGAGGAGAAGGCCCGCGGAGAUUUUGCCAUCAAUGGGUCAGACACACCCUAUGGCAUGACAAACUUCACCUAUGAGCCCGAGGAGUUCGAUCGGCUGGUGGCUCUGAGUCGAUACAACGUUCUGAACAAUGCGGAGACCGUGAAGCAUGCCCUCCGGCUGGCUCUGGACCGGCGACAGGCUGGGGCCAGGGCUGGAGGCUGACCCAGGCUGGAGUCGGAGGACUGUGACACAGAAGAGCGACUGUGGGGCUCCAGACCAAGGCUUGGUGGAGGGAGGACUCUGCGGGGCUCUGCUUCCCACCUUGCUGGGACCUGCCUUGAGGUCUCCCAGGUCCUGGAAAUCUCCUGUAGAAUUGUAGCUUAGACUUGGGGCAAGGCCCUUCUUAUAUGUGUUUCUAGGAGAAGAUGGGGCAGCAUGUCUCUUCAGGGGCUCUUGGGAGAGGGGGCCGAAGCGAACAGUGCUCAUUUUUCAUUGGAGUGUGUAGAGGAGGAGAUCAGGAAAUAGUCUAGCUCCAAGGCCCAUGGCCCACACAGAAGGACCUCAGAACCUCACCAGAAUGGGAGCUGUGAGAGUAGGUUACUCUCCUUAAACUGAGACCAGAGACACAUCCAUCCAAUCCACAAUUGUGUAAGUGGCCCAAUCCCUGACACCUUCCCCCAACCAACCCCUGCCUAUCUCCAGGUCCUGGAUGCAGUGUAAGUGCUAUCAAUAAUAAAGGGGGACCACAUGGGUUGCCAGUCUGAGUCACUAACUCCAUUGUCCUUCCUGCUAAUUCUCCUUCACCUUCUGGCCUCCUUCCAUCCCUUCUCACUCCUCACCUUCUGAAGGCUGUGAGAUGAUGGCUCGUGAUGACCCAUUCUGUCUGGACUCCAGCUGGUGUGCACAUUGUCUCCCUGCUAGUUACACUUCGCUCUUUAAAGUCGGGCCACAUCCUCUUGUCAUGUGUACAGCUGCACCUCGUGCAAGUAG